AAAAAAAGUACAAUAUCGGAAGCAGUAAAUCAAUGGUUAAUACAAACGUUGACGAAUUGGAUAAAACCAACAACAAAACAACGAUUAAUUUUAUCAACAAUUACUUUGCCAACAAUACCAUCGACAAUAACAACAACUACAACUACAACCUCUCGUCCAUCUGUACGUUUACCUUUGUGGUCAGCUUUAUUAGUUGCCUAUGAAAAAGGUAAUGAAGUAUUAUAUAAUGGUAUGAAAUAUCGAUGUGUUACUUCUCAUCGAUCAUAUGCUGGUGCUGAACCAGGUCUUCUUACUUGGGCUUUAUGGCGUAAAAUUCAAUAA